GCUUUUUGAAGAUCCCACAUUUAUUCUGAAGGAGGUGUGACCGGAAGUCAAUCGUUGUUUCUGCCGGUUAAACUCUGGCACGCCAAGAUGGCAGAGUACCUGGCAUCCAUUUUUGGGACAGAAAAAGACAAGGUCAACUGCUCCUUUUAUUUCAAAAUUGGCGCCUGCCGACAUGGGGACCGCUGCUCCAGAUUACAUAACAAGCCGACAUUCAGUCAGACGAUCGCCCUCCUGAACAUUUACCGUAACCCUCAAAACAGUGCCCAGUCUGCUGAUGGGCUGACCUGUGCCAUCAGUGACAUGGAGAUGCAGGAGCACUAUGAUGAGUUUUUUGAGGAGGUGUUCACAGAGAUGGAAGAAAAGUACGGCGAGGUGGAGGAAAUGAAUGUGUGUGACAACCUUGGGGACCACUUAGUAGGAAAUGUGUACGUGAAGUUCCGUUAUGAAGAAGAUGCAGAGAAGGCCGUGAUCGACCUGAAUAACCGGUGGUUCAAUGGACAGCCCAUCCAUGCUGAGCUCUCUCCCGUUACAGACUUCAGGGAAGCCUGCUGCCGUCAGUAUGAAAUGGGGGAAUGCACUCGUGGUGGCUUCUGCAACUUCAUGCACCUGAAGCCCAUCUCACGUGAACUCAGGAGAGAGCUCUAUGGGCGCAGGAGGAAGGGCCGACACAGGUCUCGGUCCCGAUCACGAGAGAGGCGGUCUCGCUCACGGGACAGAGGUCGAGGAGGUGGCCGUGAUCACGAGAGACGCCGCUCCAGAGACAGAGAGCGUUCAGGGCGGUUCUGAAACACAAGCCAUGCCUACUUGUCCUUUCUACCUGCAUCCAUACCCAGUCUUUUUUUUAAGUUUAUACUUUUCCAGAUUUUUUCUAGGACUGAAAGAAAGGUACCUGUAGCCCUGAUAUUAAAGCUGUGACAGCAUUGA